AAACCAGCAUGUGCUCAACACCAUGCACGAGGCGUUGGAGAAGUACGGUGCCGGUGCAGGAGGCACCAGAAAUAUUUCCGGACACAACAAGCACGCCGUUGAGUUGGAGGCAACGCUGGCCAAGCUGCAUGCCACUGAGUCAGCCCUCGUUUUCAGCUCUUGCUAUGUCGCCAACGAUGCCACUCUGGCCACUCUUGGCAGCAAACUCCCAGACUGUGUUAUCCUAUCUGACAGCUUGAAUCAUGCGUCCAUGAUCCAGGGCAUUCGUCAUUCCGGAACCAAGAAGAUUGUAUUCAAGCACAAUGAUGUCGCAGAUCUCGAAGCCAAGCUGGCAUCGCUGCCUCUGCACGUCCCCAAGAUUAUCGCUUUCGAGUCCGUUUACAGCAUGUGCGGCUCCAUUGGACCCAUUGAGAAGAUUUGCGACUUGGCUGAAAAGUAUGGUGCCCUCACCUUUUUGGAUGAGGUUCACGCCGUGGGCAUGUACGGCCCAACCGGCGCUGGUGUUGCCGAGCACCUGGACUGGGAAGCCCAUGCCAACGGCAAGCCCCGCGGAACCAUCAUGGACCGUAUUGACAUUUUCACCGGCACUCUGGCCAAGGCCUACGGAUGUGUUGGUGGCUACAUUGCUGGCAGCGCCAAGUUUGUCGACAUGAUCCGAUCGCUCGCCCCGGGCUUCAUCUUCACCUCAACUCUGCCACCAGCAACAAUGGCCGGCGCCAGGGCCUCUAUCGAGUACCAGAUGGCCUAUGAUGGCGACCGUCGCCUGCAGCAGCUCCACACUCGCGCCGUCAAGGAGGAGCUCAACGCUCGCGACAUUCCUGUUAUUCCUAACCCGUCUCACAUUAUCCCCAUCCUGGUCGGUAACGCUGCUUUGGCCAAGCAGGCCUCGGAUCUUCUCCUCCGAGAUUACAGGAUCUACGUCCAGGCCAUUAACUACCCCACCGUCCCCGUUGGCCAGGAGCGUCUCCGUGUCACUCCUACUCCCGGCCACACCAAGGAGCUCCGUGAGAAGCUCGUGACCGCUCUUGAUGAGAUCUGGACCCGCCUCGAUAUCAAGCGCACUUCGCAAUGGGCUGCCGAGGGCGGCUUCAUUGGCGUCGGCGAAGAGGGCAACGUCCAGGAGCCCCUGUGGACUGAUAAGCUGCUGGGUGUUGAGCAAGCUACCAAGGAGAUCAAGGCCGCUGGUGUUCCCGAAAACGGCAUCACCGAGGCUCUGCUCGCCCGCGAAGCACACAACACCAACCGCGUGAUGGACGUCUCGGCUUAGAAGACCGGGCGCCAUUGUGCCAUGGCCGCAGCUUGCUUCAAGCCCGCUGCAAAUCAAGUUCCUUUCUCCAUAUAACCACUUUUGAUGAACACUUUUUUUUUGAUGCACCCACGACAGCUAAAGCUGCACACAAGAUGGGAUGAUGAAUACAAUAAGUUUUUUUGGCGUCUUACAAGAUGCCACCUAU